GGCGCCGCACUCUCACCCUAUGAAGCUGUGCACCCGGAAGACGCGUAUCCACACUCAUCGUUUUGAAUCUGUAGUUCAGCUAAAUGCUAACCUGUUACUUAGGGCGAGAUAACGCUUGAAGCGCUAUAUUUGUGAAGUUUAAUAUAUACAAGUAAGAUGCUGGCCACAUAUCAAGACUACCAUGCGUCAUGAACAGUGUUACAGCUGUGAAGUAAUGUCAAUUUAUCACGGUGAGACCUUUCUCAAACGAACAUAAUGAUGAGGAAAAUGCUAGCUUGCUAACUUUGCUAACGUUAGCUGCUCUGUUGACGGUUGCGCAAGCUAAUGCUAACAACGCUGAUAGAGGAAUUACCUGCUUAUGAUACUUAUAUGUUUAAUUGUACCAAUAAAAGCUACAAGCGUAUGAGAUAUGUUUGAUGAAAUCCUAGACUAGGAAUUUUCAAGUUGACUUAAAUCUGCCAGUUUGUUUUUCUGGCUGCGCGUGCGGUGGCGUGAUGAGUAGCACGAGCUUUGUGUGAUGAUUAGUACAACUAGCUAACACUUCAUCUUUUUUAUCAUGUAUUUUUCAGACUUUGUUCGUUUACUAUGAGCUCCCUAUCAGCCCAGGUCCCCGCAUCAAGCCCAUCAUGCAGGCCACUACCCGGAGAAGGAAACCAGGUACAGCUGCAAAAGGACUCUGGAAAGAUAGGUAGCCUGCUCCCUUUCACAUGCGCCACAAAGCUGAUGUUUCAUUUUUUCCUUUUUAAGGUACAGCCAAAGGCCCCUUUACUGCAGAUUCUGCGUGUUGCCGGGGCCCAGGAAGAAGUCUUCACCCUUAAAGAGGUGAGCAUCCUGCUUGCAUUCAGUAGGUUUUGCUGGAUCAUAAGGUACACACUGAAGAGUGGCUGACCCAGAUUAUACAUCCAGUGUAUUCAGCUGGUGUUUUGUGAUCAACUAAUUAUUUUGUGUAGGUGAUGCACUACUUGGGUCAAUACAUCAUGGGGAAACAACUGUAUGACAAACAGAGGCAGCACAUAGUCCACUGCCAGGAUGACCCUUUGGGAGAACUACUGGAGGUGGAGAGUUUCUCUGUCAAAAACCCGAGGUAUUUGCCUACAAAAAGAACAGAACAAAUGUCACGACUCAUUAAAGGGAUAUUCAAGCACAAAAUCAGUUAAGGGUCAAACACACAGUAACACUGAGUUAGACACCCCCUCUAGAGAUGAAUGUUGCAGACCUCUUGCUUCUCUAGUUAUACCAACUUUAGUAACGACCGCACGAUAGCAACACACAGCGGUCUGAGGAGCCAUAAACAAGCCUCAGCUAAAACUCGGUGUUACACUGUGUUUGACCCUAAAUUAAUUUUACGCCGGAAUAUCCCUUUAAUACUUUUAAUGCUGGACUGUAUAUUCAAUUUACACAUCAAUAAUAAAAGCUCAUUCUUCAUUGUCAUUCUCAUUUUACAGUCCAGUGUAUGAAAUGCUGAAGAAAUACUUGGUUGUGCUUGGUUGUUCCGGUAAGUGAUGUCUCGACUCACUGUUCUACCUUUUAAACAUUCUUUAUGUGAAAUCAUAAUGUUAGGGUUAUUAUAAUCGAGAUACCAAGAAUUGAAUUUAUUUUAUGUGGUUUGUACAUUGGUUUUAUAUGUUGACUUGACAUUAAAUUGUGUCUUUUUCUUCUUCCCUUUGUGUUUAAUGGAUUCAGCAUAUAUUCAUCCAAAAGAUUAUCUGUAUUGAGGCUAGGAUCUUUGGCAAUCUAGUGUAGAUAGUCUCUCCCCUCUAAUUAAUUUAAAUUAGUUUUUCUCAUGUCAUGCAUUGUGAGAACUUGUGAUAGUCUUCAUACUUCCUGGGAUGCAGGGACCAGAAGACGAUCACAAUUUCCCGGUUUGACUCUCCUAGCUUAUUCUACAAAGACACGGGAAGAAGGCCUUAGUGCGAGAGUUUGUUAUGUCAUAAUAAAAGGGUAGGGGUUUCCUGUUUCUGUUAUUAUGUCUCAUCCUAAAUGCAGACGCUGCAGGGAAUCUCUCUGUGGGCCGUGAAUGUGUAGAGGGCGGAGUGGAGGAUCGUGGUCAGGUAAAGCUGAAGCAUGGUGCUCAGGAGAAACAGAGACCCCCAACCUUUCUUACCUCAUUAUGCACAACUCUCAUGAAAGCGGCAAGAACAAUUGAAAACAGCUCAAAGAUAAGAGUCUUUGUCUCAGGGUUUUACUUAAAUGAUCACAGUGUUUGAUGCAGGCCAUCAGACCUUUGUGUAGCUCAAAAUCCCAAAGACUAAAAGUGAUAAUGUGAUGUGCUUGUGUGUAAUGAGCAGAGGAGGUUAGGUCUGCUGUCUCCAUUGGUGUGAAUUUGUACAGAGUGGCACCGUCUCUGUACAACCUCAUCCUGUGGUUUGGUCUGGUGGUGGUACAGCACCAAGCUGUGAUCCCCAGCACCACCCAAUGGAUGGGGAGGCAGAGUCACCCUCUCUGUCUGUGUCAGAGUUCUCUUCUCUGCUCCGGACUGGAGGAUCGGAGCUCCCGAUUCAGAUACAGGCUGAGCAGUAACCCUAAGCCCCUUCACCCAUCCCCAUGUUCCUUAUCUCUUUUCCCACUCACACUCCCACACUCCACUGUGUGACACUCACUGAGUGGGCCUAAUGUAACUCACUUUCAGUUCUGUUGAGCUAUAGCCAGCCCAUACUAGAUUAUGAACAACAGGGGUUACUGUAUUUUUCAUUCACUGCCUUUGCUAUAAAAUUAAUGAUUUCAUCUUAACAGUUUUUUGAGUGCACACAAUCAACCAGCCCAGAUCAAUAGAAAUAAAUUAAAGGGAUGAAACACAAAAUUUUCUCCAGUUUCUUUUCCUUUCCUACUUUUCUGUAAAUCUAAACUUUAUAAAAUCAUUAUUUCUUCUUUCUGUAUCUUAGAAAAUGGGGGUUCCUAAUUCUCUGAUUUAGUUUGCUAUCAUCAUAUUUUUAAUUACCUCUCUUAAAUUUUCUUCAACUCUUCAGAUUAAUCACUGUGCUAAUUAGUACUGUGGCUUUCCUACCUGCCUUCUCUAAAUCCUUGUCUUUAUGACUUUAAUCCUCACUUUUCUCUGGUGGCUUUUUUUUUUUUUAUCAAUGAAAUUUACCUCAAUCUCCCUCCCCACUGGCCCAUACCCUAAUUGCCCAGCCCCUUUUUCCCCUGAACCCCCCACCCAUCACACAGAGGCCAUCUUGAUCUUAAAAAGGAGCUGCGAGUCCUCCAAGUGGCCAGUUCUUGCUCUAUGUUCUAAUUUUUGUUCUUCCUCCCUCUGUAGAUAUGCGGGGGUGUGGUCAAAGCAGGUCUGGAGGCUGGCAAUCAUGGCCCUCACCUGCAGACCCCCUCCCAGAGACGACCUCGGGAGCCGGACGAUGGUAAGUAAGUCUGGUAUAUGCUGACCACUGUGCCUGGACAAGAUGCUCAAAACUACCAUAUCUUAAUGGUUUGAUACUUCCUCAGAUUCCCUUGAAGGCCUGCCACGGUCAGCUUGCAAACGGCCCAAACUGGAUGUCUCUCUGGAUGAGUGGGACCUCUCUGGCUUGCCCUGGUGGUUCCUGGGUAAUCUCCGUAGUAAUUACAGCCGCAGGAGUAAUGGGUCCACAGAUAUUCACACAAACCAAGUAAGAAAUAGAUCACAUAUCGGACUGAAAAAGGAAAAAAAAACUCACAAAAGACGUCUAUGCUUGUUGAAAAAUGACAUAAAUGAGAAGUAACAGUGUUGGUCUGACUGAUGUGUCAGCUGUCUCCUGCACAGGAAGAGGACACGGCCAUCGUGUCAGACACCACAGAUGACCUCUGGUUCCUGACGGAGGGCGAGAGUGAACAGGUGAGCGUGGAAAUGAAAGAGGCUGCCCUGGAGGAAGGGAGUGGUGGAGAAGGGGAAGCCUUACCUGACGAUGAUGAUGGGGGAGGAAAGGAUGAGAAAGCAGAUGGAGAGGUAUGAGCUCACUUUUGACUGAACUGACUCAUCGAAUCAGGCUGAUUUAGAGUCUAUAUUUGUAUAAAGCUGUUAAAGUGAGGACAAUUCUGAUUUUUGAUGAAAUGUCCUGUGUACUUUUCCAGAUGCAGGAAGACCCUGAUGAGGACUCACAGUGUUUGAGUGAUGACACAGAUAUAGAGAUCUCCACACAGGUUUGUUUUCAUCCCUCCCAUGUAAAUGUCAAGGUUCCUACGCAAGUGUGGAAAUAAUUUGAUCGAUGUCCAGGUCCUAAAAAGUUCGGUAAAUAAAAAUUAAAGACUGGAAAAUUAUUUAUGUUUCUAGAUUAUUACCACAGUUAAAAAAUACUUUUUUUCUAAAAUAGCAAAGUAGGUAUUUACAAAAAUAAUUCUAAAAAGUUGGGUAUGGAAAAGUAUGGAAAUUACAGCUGUGUAGGAACCCUGAAAUGUUGAGGUCUUCAGCUGAAAGAUGAAGUCAAACGAAAUGCACAAAAGAUGACUGUGUGGUUUGUAUCUUCCACUCUUUUAGGAUGCGUGGCAGUGCACAGAGUGCAGGAAGUAUAACACACCCCUCCAGAAGUACUGCGUUCGCUGCUGGGCCCUGCGUAAGAACUGGUAUAAAGAUGUCCCCCGACUUGCUCAUUCCCUUUCUGUCCCUGACAUCCCAGCAUGCAGCGCUCUCACCACCCAUGAUGAGGAAGAUGACAGCGACACAGGCAUCGAUGUCCCAGACUGCAGUAGGACAGUAUCUGACCCUGUCAUCCUGCCCUCCCACUCUACAGCUGAUCGUCCACUACCUACUAUGCUUACAGGAAAAGGCAAGGGGCCGUGGCCCUCCAACAUUCUGAAGGAUGAGCAGCUAUCAGGAGGAGAGAGUCAGGAAAACCUGGGCAUGGAGGUUGAAGAAGUGAGGCCGGAGGCACUCUUGGAGCCUUGCAAGCUCUGCAGAGUGCGUCCACGCAAUGGAAAUAUAAUACAUGGACGUACAGCCCACCUGUUAACCUGUUUUCAGUGUGCAAGAAGGCUGCACAAGUUUCAAGCUCCUUGUCCAGGUUGUGGAAAGAUCAUUCAGAAAGUUAUAAAGAUAUUCAUCCUCUAAAAAGCACACAAAUGUAUGCCAGGCUCCAAGGACUAAAACAUUAAAAUACAACCAAAAAUUUAAAACAUUGAGAAAUACAGCUGCAUGUACUCUGGUACAGUCUCUGCUGGUAGACACACACACACAUCAAACAUGCACCUUAACCCUAAAAACCUUCACAGAUACACACACAAGGUUUAGCACUUGGUGAAGUUUGCUUUUGGUUGCAUGUUUAAUUUUGCGUCACACUGCCUCAGAAGUAUUUGUAGAAGAAACACAAGAGUUGGUUCUACCAAACGUUUGGUGCCACAUAUAAACAAGGGACAUACCAAUGCAGAAGUAUUUAUUUAUUUAUUAGAAGAACAUGCAGGAGUGCACAUGUUUCAUGAAGGCUUGAUUUUGUUUUAUUUUUUUUUCAGGCUAUGAUAUAAAGAGGUCUCUGCAUAGACCUUUUCUGAAUUGUGCCAUUUUAAUACUUGCAUUGCUUGCCUUACUUCUGUUAGUGUUAUUUUGUUUCUCCCUAGAUUCACUUCAGUUAUCAUCCGGACAAAAAUGGGAGUCAGUUGGGAUGUAAGUAUAUGAUCGUUCCUCAAGCAUCUCUUAGGCCCUCUUUGAGUUAUGAAGACAAAAACUGAAAAAAGGGGGAGCGACUAUAGUCUUAAAAUUGUGUUUAUUUUUUAACCUUGUAAACAGUUGUAGCUCUAUUACAAAUCCUCUCAAAGUUUCUUUUAAAAACUGUACAUGGCAUCAGUGAAUGUACUGUAAGACACAAAUGUGGUGGCUCAAACCCUGUUUCUCUUAACCAAGUAUUCUAAACUGUUGAAUAUAAUCUGCUUGAGAAUGCAUAACUGAAGUAUUUACUGUUCUUUUCUCUUGGGGCUGUAAUUUGACUUUAAAAAUGUUCAAUCGUUGUAGUUCUAAGCAUAUAAAAAGAGUUAUGCUGGCAGUAAGUUAUGUAAAACAGUAUGGUGGGGUCGUGUUUAAAUAUUAUCAUCGGAAAGUGAUCCUCGCACCCCUACCCAAACUUGCAACAAAUUUCUGUUUGUUUCAUGUUUAACUUAUUAAUGAAUGUGUUAAUUAUUUGGUGAUCACUUUAAAAGGCUGCCUUUGUUACAGAGCCUUAAUGUGUAGUUUAUUCGCUUUUUAGAGAUGAAAAGAAAGUCUAUGAGAAAACAGGCAAAGCUACCAAAUGUACCCUCAUUGAAAAUGAAUGCAUAGUACUUAUUUGGAGUUGGGAGUUUGAUUUAAGCGUUACACUGCCAUGUAAUGAACCUAAAUUUUAAUUUGUGUAUUUCAAGUUUAUUUUAGAUUGUAUUGCCGAACCAUGUAGUACUAUAUACUCUUGAGUGUGUGAGAUGACUGCAAGUACAGUAUGCUCUGCAGUGCUGUCAAGGAAAAUAUCCAGUGACAGUAAGCAUUUAACUUUUGGCUCUGCGUAUCGUGCAGGGAGCAUCUGAGUUCUUUGAUCUUUAACUUGCGCUUAAUAUUUUCUGCCAGCAGAUGGUGAGAAGUUUCAAUAUUGUAUCUGGUGCCCACAGACUUUGUACAGUACCAGUUAAUAAAGUGUAAUAAAUAUUUAGAGCAUGUCUUCUGUCAUUACCACACCCAGCACUGAGCUGGUGUAGGAACGAAAGUAGCUGUAAAAAUAAAAAAUUGUAUGUAGCCUAUGAUAUUUAGCACCAUCAUUGUGCUUUAAGAAAUACAAACUUUCUCUGGUUACUGACCUCAAAAAAAUGACAAAGUUCAUAUUAUACUAUUGAUACAGGCUCAGAACGACUUAAAUGUUGCAAUUAAUGACAAGACUUAUGUGUUCAAACAUGGUACAGCUAAUAUAGUAGUUUUUUUUUUCUACUUGUCAUGAAAUAAAAUAAGUUUUGUAAAGCUA